CACGGAGUCGAUAAAACGCGGCAGUGAUCACCGCCUCUGCCGGUUCACCCACCUACCCUCCCUUCCAUCGGCACUUUCGCCGCUCCGUCGGCGGCUUCGCAAACCCCGCCCCGGUCACUCCUUCCUCUUCGUCGUUCCCUCCUUCACCCUCUCAUUCUUGUCUCUCCCGAUCUUCAUCGCUGUAAUCGUCCGGUCGCAAGAACACACACUUGCGGUUCGUGCCAACAGGGGCGAUUAGGAGGAGGUUUUAUUUUUGAUCGAUCGAUCGUGGUCGAUCUGAUGGACCCGGAAGUGCUUGAUGGCAUCAUCGGCCGGCUGCUGGAGGUGCGGACGGCGAGGCCCGGCACGCUGGUCCGGCUCGCGGAGGUGGAGAUCCAGCAGCUCUGCACCGUCUCCCGCCAGAUCUUCCUCGGCCAGCCCAACCUCCUGGAGCUUGAAGCCCCCAUCAAGAUCUGCGGUGACAUUCAUGGCCAGUAUAGUGAUCUCUUAAGGCUUUUUGAGUAUGGAGGUUUUCCUCCAGUUUCCAAUUAUCUAUUUUUAGGUGAUUAUGUGGAUCGGGGAAAGCAAAGCUUAGAAACAAUAUGCCUUCUUCUUGCAUACAAAAUUAAGUAUCCAGAGAACUUUUUCCUUCUGCGUGGAAAUCAUGAAUGUGCUUCAAUAAAUAGGAUAUAUGGAUUUUAUGAUGAAUGUAAGAGGAGGUUUAGUGUGAGACUCUGGAAGAUCUUCAGUGAUUGCUUUAACUGCCUUCCUGUAGCUGCCGUUAUUGAUGACAAGAUCUUAUGCAUGCAUGGUGGCCUUUCCCCUGAUCUCUCCAAGUUGGAUCAAAUUAAGAGUUUACCUCGGCCAUGUGAUGUACCUGAAAGCGGUUUACUAUGUGACUUACUUUGGGCAGAUCCUGGUAGAGAUGUUCAAGGUUGGGGAGAGAAUGACAGAGGGGUCUCUUGGACUUUUGGUGCUGAUAAAGUUUCCGAGUUCUUAUUAAAACAAGAUUUAGAUCUUGUCUGCAGGGCACAUCAGGUUGUGGAGGAUGGCUAUGAAUUCUUUGCCGACAAACAACUUGUGACGAUAUUCUCAGCCCCAAAUUAUUGUGGUGAAUUUGAUAAUGCUGGUGCUAUGAUGAGUGUUGAUGAAACUUUGAUGUGCUCUUUCCAAAUUCUCCAGCCUGCUGAAAAAAAACCAAAAUCUCUGUUGCCAACCAGAAUUUAACAACCAAAUAAUAAACUAUGAUCAAGGUUAAAUCGACUGCAUCAAUUGAAGAUAACAAGGCAGCUGAUACUCUUAAUUAUAGUGAAUUUGAGAUGCAGUUAAAGAGUUGUUGUAAUAAGAUGCCAUUGGCUGCAUGGGCGUCUGCUGCAAUCAAACUCCCGGACUUCAUCGUAAAUGUCAAAUUCCAGAAAUUAUUUUUUUGUACUCUGAAACUGUAUUGUAUGUGCACAUAUUUCUUUCCAUAUUUCUCCCAUUUGGAACGAUGAAGAA